ACUCAACUCCCAGAGCCGGAUCCCUGAAAAUCUACUGUCAGCUGCUGUACUUGCUACCAUUCUCAGGAUCCUCAUCAUGAAAGGUCUUCUGCUGCUCACCCUGUCUGCUCUGCUCUGCUGGGUCUCAGCUGACAUUCGCUGUCACUCCUGCUACAAGGUCCCUGUGCUGGGCUGUGUGGACCGGCAGUCCUGCCGCCUAGAACCAGGACAACAGUGCCUGACAACAAAUGUGUACCUCGGUAAGAUGUGGGUUUUCUCCAACCUUCGAUGUGGCACACCCGAAGAGCCUUGUCGGGAGACCUUCAACCAAACCAACCACAAGCUGGGUCUGACCUAUAACACUACCUGCUGCAGCAAGGACAACUGUAACAGCCCAGCCCCUCGGCCCACCCCGGCCCUGGCCCUUGUCCUCCUGACCUCUUUGGCUGGCCUUGGCCUCUGGCUGCUGCACUGAGACUCACUCCCUAGCUGCCCCUCCUCCCACUUGCCUUAACUUGAGCUGAGCCCUGUGUCUCUGUGUCCCCCGGCUCCCUACAAUGGCCUCUCCUUAGCUCCCUUUGCUCAGAAAAACAUUUCUCCAGACUCUUCACAUUUCUUUAAUUAGACAAUGGUCUCUCUACCCAUCCUGCCACUUUACAUCCUCCACUCUGCUUCUCCUGAGUCCCUGCCCAUAUCCCUCUAGACCAUUCCAAAUCUUCCCCAAUAGAGUUCCUCACUCUAUUUUUCCUCCUGCACUCUACCGUGCCCUACUCUGGGAGCGAUGGGGACCUGGGCCUGAAAUUGUCUUCUGUCCUGUCCCCAGCGAAGGCUCCUAGGAAGGACCUGAUGACCUCACUGUCUGGGGUUGAUUCCCCAAACCCUGGCCCCCAUACAUACCCCAUUCCCAUGAUCACCUCUUUCCAUUUUGUGUAAUAAAUGUCUAUGUCUGAUAAA